UCAAGCUUUUGUUUAUAAUCAUAUUAGAGAAAAUGUUUUGGUAAUUUUAUAAAUGUAAAAAAAACAAUAAAAACCACGAGAGAGUGAAGGAAGUGUGUGUGAAUAUGAGUAUAAUUGAGGCAAUUACAAAACCAUUGCCACUGGAGCCUUUACGUGAUAACAAAAUCGGAGACAGACGAUUGUGGUUAGGGAAUUUAGAUUCGCGUGUUACCGAGUACCAACUCCUAAAACUUCUCCAAAAACACGGCACGAUCGAGAAGUUUGACCUGCUCUUCCACCGGACGGGACCGUUGGCAGGCCAGCCACGAGGCUACGCCUUCGUGACGUUCACGGCGAGCGGAGAUGCGGUGAAAGCCAAGGACAUCCUGGAUGGCAAGCUGCUGGGCCAGAAGAGGGUGGUCGUGCGAUGGGCCAACUGCGUCAGCAAGGAAGACAUGGAAAAGCCGAAACCAGAAAUCAAUAUUCCUGCAUUGGCUGGGACCCAGACAGAGAAGAAAAUUAGUCGAGUGUCCACCAUCCAGGCCAUCGAGGCCAAGCUGAAGACGAUGGAGCACAGCUUGUCGGACGAGUUCGAAGUGAACAACGUCCCGGCCGGCAUCGUGUACCGUCCGCAGCCCGCCGCAAGGCCGCAGUCAGCGCGGGGGAAGUACGCCUCCAACAAGCCGUACAGCCGGAGGCCCUUCCGCGGGGGCAGAAGAUAAUGAUCUGCACCAUCCCACGAUGCCCUUAUUUAUUGUUUUAUACCUCCCCGUUUCCUAAAUGCUCUGCACGACUGAACUUUCCAGUGCUUGCGCCAGAACUUAAUACCCCUUUACACUUUUGUCGAAACACAGCCGUCGUUUAAGUCACCGUCCGUGCACAUACACACAAUUACCCAAGUAUCGCAAGUAACUGUACUGUGUUUUAUUGGUUGCUUGAUGUAAUGGCACAUGGCACGGAGUACUGCUAUGAAACCAAGGGCGAAAACAGAAUGAGUCAUUGUUUUGUGCUUCUACAUUUUAUGCUGUGCUAGAUUAAACUGCAGAAUUUACUCUAAGCACCACCACACAUUACAAACAAAUAACAUUUUCACAACACUGUAUUAAAUUAGGUAAUUUAUCAUUGUGUCUCUCUAGGUUGGAAUUGUGGCAUAUUUGAGUAUGCUUGCAUGGGAAGGUUGGUAUUGGUGUGGUGAAUGGGAUAAAGAUUGUGCAAACUCGAAGCAAAGUGCGUGGCAGUGUCACAGCGAUAGUGGCCCGUGAAAAAUUACCCAGAAAUAUAGGGUUGUGGUACGUAUGCUAAGAGGGCAUGUACAGAAGGCAAAAACAUGGUUGCAAAUUAGGUUGAAAUGUAUAUUACAGAUGUUUUAUUUUCUUCCCCAAGUACAUAACUUUUCUUGCAGUAUUCCAAAUCAUGUUUUGGGUUUAUACAUACUAUGUUAUGAAAUGUUGUAAUAUAAAACUUGUUUAAUUUGUUAAGGUUGAAAAUUAAUCUUGUAGUGUCUUGAAAAAUUUUAGUACAUUCUAGAAAACCGGGGAAAAUCAGGGAAAUUAAAAUGGUCAGGGAAUACCAGAAAGUCAGGGAGAUUUCUGGAAUUUCUUCUUGCUAAAGUGAAAGUACCACUUUCGUCAACAUUUAGGCAUCUCAAUUAUUUAUAAAUCAAAAACUGAAACAAAUUUGAGAAAAAACACGAUGUGCUAUGAAGUGCAGCAUAAUCAUUGUCAGCAAAUCUGCUAGGGUGUCAUAGAGUGACUUAAAAAUAGCUUUCAAAAUCAGUUAAUUUCAACUUAUUAAAAUAUUUUAAUGUAGCCAACUCAUUCGAAUGGAAAAAGUACUGGUAAAUAACUUGAAUGGUCUGAAAUUAUAUUGAGUAAAAAAAAAAGGCAACUUAGAACUUUUUUAUUUUUUUUAGAAAAUAGGCUCUCCUUUAGAAUUACCAAUUAUUAAUUUCAUUAGGGUGAGUUCUACAUAGUAAAAACAAAUUAUAGUUGCAGUUGAAGUCUGUUGCUAGUGUUUUAUUCUGAGAAAAGAGGUUUUAUCAUGUAAAUAUUAAUUUAUUUUGGUAUGCAUAUGUUUUCAGAUGAAAAUGGCAUGUAAAACCUUCUUUUUUCACUUCAAGUGGGGCCACAGGUCAGGGAAAUUUGUUGAUUCAGGUCUGGAAAACCUGGAAAAAGUCAGCUAAUUUUUUAAUUCCAAGCUUGUAGCAACCAUGUUUCAGCUAGUUUGAACAAUUUUUAAAACUGCCUUGUGGCGGAGAUUUCAUGUUUACAACUGUACAAAAUUUAACUUAUUUCCACUGCUUUAACUGACAACGUAUGUAAUUGGACAGUAGUCUUCUCAGUCAAAUAAAAUGAGUGUUU